AUGAAUUGUGACAGUUUUGAUGAGGCGUCUUAUUCUGUCAUAUUAUAUGAAGACACCACUUCGACAACAUGUGCGAACAAAGAUAAAGUCGAUGUUCCUGUGAAAUUAGUGACUGACGUCUGCUUUGGCAAUUCGCCGUAUUACAUGUACAAAUUUGGGGAGGACAAAGACAGUAACAAAUUGAAGAAGUUCCAGUACACCAGUUAUCUCUGUACAGACAAGUUAACUGAAAAUGCUCUCGAGUCACACGACCUGAACAAGUGUGAACCAAAAGACGCACAUUCAGUCUACUACGAAGGCGCUGGUGAAGUCUUGGUCGCACUCAUCUCCAUCGCAUUCUGCCUUCUAAUUUGA